AUUUUAUCCAUGAUACUUUAAUCUUAACAUCUUAUUUGAGGCCAAUUUUCUCUCUGUCAAAAGCUUCUGAUAAUUACAUGUUCACUAGUCCUCUUUUUAUUUUUAUAUAUAUGUUUUUUCACGAACCCCCACCAACUUAACAACUAUAUUAUGCUGAAAAAUGUUCCUUUAUGUGUUCUUCUUUCUGUCAUCUUCUGUCUCAAAAGCACAAGAUUCUCUUCUUCCUCAUUUCUCACCAUCAACUCAUGCUCUCUCCUCUCUCUUUAUUACAUAUUAAAAUCUUUUCCCAUAGCUAAAAAUCACCAUUCACCAAAUACACCCAUGAUACCCAACUUUUAUUCACCUUUUCUCAAUAUGAUGCAACCUUAUAUUAAUCCAAUCUUUCUCUCUUCUUUUUUCUGCAGUUGAGAAAAUAUUCUCCAACCCAACAAGCAAAAAACUUCUCUACCCUUUUCUUGUUUAUCCUUUUUAUUUUGUUCUUGCCUUUUGUUUUCUGUGCUGUUGUUAGGAUAAACUUCAUGAUGGAUUUCUGUUUCUCCCAAGGAAACUGUACUGACACCAAUGAGGCUUCCAAUGCACACGUUUCCUCUUUAGUUGUAAAUGACUUUUCUGACCAUAAAAGGCUCAAAUUCAGAACCUUUUUGAGAAAAGUGAUCUGGGACUUUACCUAUGCAUUUGUUGCUGUUCCUUGUGGUGGCAAUAACGACCUUAACGGUAUAAAAAAUACAACUUUGGAGCACAACAACAAGGCGUGGUUGCUGGCUGAGUCUGGAGCAGAAUUGGCAAGUGCUGACCCUCAAUCUGUUCACUCAUCUUUCAGGUUCAGCUUCUGUUCUCAGGUUGAGGUUGAGUCCUUCAACAUGAGUUCUUCUUCUUCUGCUGCAACCGUUUUGAUGGUGAAUUUGGAAUAUGAAUCUCAAGCCAGGGAGAUGAAAUGGAGGAGGAUAAAGUCACUGGAGAGAAACAUAUCUCCUGUGGUCAACACGUUGAUCAGGUUCAACUAUGGUGAAAUUCUAUCAGCCACUCGCAAUUUCUCCGAAGGGAGAGUAUUGGGGAGAGGUGCCUUGAGCUGUGUUUUCAGAGGAAGAGUUGGGCUUUUAAGGACCGCUGUUGCGAUUAAAAGGUUGGAUAAGGAAGACAAGGAGUGCGCCAAGGCGUUUUGUAGAGAAUUGAUGAUUGCUAGUUCUCUUCAUAACCCAAACAUUGUUCCCCUUGUGGGAUUUUGUAUUGACUCAGAACAGGGUUUGUUUUUGGUGUACAAGUAUGUAUCAGGGGGCAACUUAGAGCAUCACUUGCACGGGAGGAAGAAGAGUGUGAGGGGUAGUUCACCACUUCCAUGGUCUGUGAGGUAUAAAGUUUCAAUUGGGAUUGCAGAAGCUGUGGCUUAUCUCCAUUAUGGAACUGAAAGAUGUGUUGUCCAUAGAGACAUUAAGCCUUCAAACAUUCUGCUUUCCUCUAAGAAAAUUCCCAAGUUAUGUGAUUUUGGAUUAGCAACAUGGACUUCUGCACCUUCAGUUCCUUUCCUUUGCAAAACUGUCAAAGGAACAUUUGGUUACUUGGCUCCUGAGUAUUUCCAACAUGGGAAAGUAUCAGAUAAGACUGAUGUUUAUGCUUUGGGAGUUGUUUUAUUGGAACUCUUAACUGGCCGGAAGCCAAUUGAAGCAAAAAGGCCUCCAGGAGAGGAAAACUUGGUUUUAUGGGCUAAACCUUUGCUUAAAAAAGGUAAAGGAGCAAUUGAAGAGUUGCUUGAUCCUCAAGUCAAGUACAAGUUAAGAUACUCAAAGCAAAUGGCUCGAAUGGUUGAUGCAGCUGCUGCUUGUGUUACAAGUGAAGAAUCUAGGAGACCUAGCAUGCAUGAGAUUCUUGCAAUACUGAAAGGUGAAAUAGAGCCUGUUUUAUCUAAAAGAAGGAAGUCUGGUUAUCUUGGGAAUGGAUGUUUGAUUGAUUAUUACCCUCAAUUACAACAAACAAAUAAUGAGAUGGAUAGUUUCUUGGCUUUGGCAAUGCUAGGAGUUCCUGAGUAUGAGUAUGAGGAUGGUGAUUAUCUUUAUGGCCAUUAAGACUUUUUUUGUUUGCCAUGACGUGACUCUCACUGUAGUGCUAGGGGUUAGAUGGGAACGUUUUCAAGUUGUUGAUAGAAAUAGGAGCUGAGAGGAAGGUUACUUGUUUGUACAUUUCUUCCCUUUACCUUCCCCUUUUCUCAAAGGGGUAUAGUGUAAUAGAUUUUCAUUCAUUCUUUAUGGUUAUGUUCAAUUCAUGUUGUAAAACUCUUUAUUGUCUGUUUAUCCUUUUGAGUUCUUGGCAUUCUUUUUCUUGGCUCUAAAGCAUAUAAGUUAAAGAAUACCCUUGUUCUUGUUCUCUCUCCACCGAUUUAAGCAAAAGAAAUGGCACACAACCAAGACAAUGGAAGGAAUGGAUGAGUAUUAGGUGAAGAUAGAUAUAAAACCAUGUAACGUGUCUAAAUACUUCGCUUGUAAAUAUGACGUAUAAAACUACAAACUUUGUAUU